AGAGCGGAAGUCUUGUGACCCCGGAAGUGACCGUCCGAGCGGCGGGCGGCGGACGACGUUCGUCACUUGGUGCGGGAGGGAGCGCGAGAGCGACGGUCGAGCCUCCGGUAUUCCAGAUUAGAGGUGAGCAUGGCAGAGCAGGAACCCACCGCUGAGCAGCUUGCCCAGAUAGCGGCUGAGAAUGAGGAAGAUGAGCACUCUGUCAACUACAAGCCCCCAGCCCAGAAGAGCAUCCAGGAGAUCCAGGAACUGGACAAGGACGAUGAGAGUCUUCGAAAGUAUAAGGAGGCCCUACUGGGCCGAGUGGCUGUCUCUGCAGACCCCAAUGUCCCCAACGUCAUCGUGACCCGCCUGACCUUGGUGUGCAGCACCUCCCCGGGCCCUCUAGAACUGGACCUGACAGGUGACCUGGAGAGCUUCAAGAAACAGUCGUUUGUGUUGAAGGAAGGUGUGGAGUACCGGAUAAAAAUCUCUUUCCGGGUGAACAGAGAGAUCGUGUCAGGCAUGAAGUACAUCCAGCACACAUACAGGAAAGGGGUCAAAAUUGACAAGACCGACUACAUGGUUGGGAGCUAUGGGCCCCGGGCAGAGGAGUAUGAGUUCCUGACGCCCAUGGAGGAGGCCCCCAAAGGCAUGCUUGCUCGGGGCAGUUACAACAUCAAGUCCCGCUUCACAGACGAUGACAAGACUGACCACCUGUCCUGGGAGUGGAAUCUCACCAUCAAAAAGGAGUGGAAGGACUGAGCUCCAGCUGGGAGGCGGGCAGGGCGAGGGACAGA